AUACUCCAGUGAGACUGGACACUAAUGAAGUUAAAAACUUGAGUGUCGGCGGUCUUGUACUUCCAAUGUCUCAAAAACCAUAGGCUGAAAAAUGUAAUUCACCGACAGAUUAUGGUAUUUCAGUGCCUUAUUUCAUUCAACUACCGAUUAAGGUCGUGCGGAUGGAGGAAAUUAGUCCUUAGCGGUAAAGUCCCAUACUACAAGUAAAUAGUGGAUGGCUACAGAUUCUUUUUAAGAUUUAGGGUUUAAUGUUGUAAGUAAAUGAUUAACGGAGAAUCUCGCAAUAUAUAAAUAUUUCUCAUGGCGCCAGCAGAGAGAAUGGAAAAAGCGUUGCACCGGAGGAUAGCGAGGGAGAUUUGCUGGAAAAGUCCCAUACUAGGUACCUCUGUACAACUUAAAAGGCUUCACAAUCUGCGGAGACGUACACAGUUUUGAUUUUUGUGAGACGCUCUGGUGGCCCCUCCAAGCUUUAUAUAACUUGGGAGCCUCACGGAGUCCGACAUUGGGUCCGUACAGUCGAUAUAUCCAGCCUGGUACUACACGUGUACUUUUUUGCGAUAUAGGAACCAGACUGAGGAAAGGCGAAGUUAAAAGAGGCCGCCUAAAAGAAAACAUUUAAAUAUCGACCAAUCAGAAUGUAGGAUUUAAUUAACUUCUUAAACAACUCCAACUUCCGCUUGUGUUGGUUGUGAAGGAAAAAAAUACGUUUAAAUUCACUGGAGAAUGCAUUAUUAAGAAGGGAGGUAACUAUAACUAAUUUCCGUUACAUGAAACUUUUCAUUUAAUAACUUGUUUAAGGCUUCUGCUUAGGCAGAAAAAAAGAGCAGAAAUGGCUAAACCAGAGGUCGAUCUUAAUGUUCUAGUUUAUGAAUUUCUGAAGGAAAAGAACAAAGAGACUGCAGAUUUAUUCAGAAAGCGCUUUAAUAUCCCUGUCUCAAAGAGUUCUGCAACUAAUCUAAAUGAUAUUUACCAUUAUUGGAAAACCUCUGCUCCAGGUAACAAACGAAAACUCAGUGCCAAUGCAAUUGGUUCGGCUUCAAAGAGGGCUAAGAAAGACUCCAGCUCAUCAGAUUCCAGUUCUAGUGAGGACACAAAACCACAAACUAAGAAAUCCUUGACAGAGAAGCCAAAACCUGUGCCACCUAAAACAGCUGCAAAACGACCCCGAAAAUCAAGCAGCAGUAGUAGUAGCAGCAGCAGCUCUGAUGAAUCAAAGAAGAAAUCAGUUCAGAAUAAAAAGAUCCCUAAAACUAACUCCAAGUCUAUUACUAAAAAACAAGCUAGUUCCUCCUCAUCAUCAUCCUCUUCAGACAGUGAUACAAAAGACAAAAGCAAGACUCAGGCAGUAAAAGUGACAGCUAAAAAACCCCCUGUGAAACCAACAGCUACCAAGCAAAAAGCAUCUCAAGACACAGAAUCCUCUUCAGAAGAUUCCGACAGUGAUUCUGAAGAUGAAACAGUUCAAACUAAAUCUACAUCCAAACAAACGCCUGCAAUUGUUGCCGGUGCAAAGAAGCCAAGCGCACCAAAAGCUAAGGCAAAAUCUUCAUCCUCUUCAGAUUCAGAGAGUGAUUCUUCAGAAGAUACAAAGAAAACUGCACCGAAGUCAGCAACUGCUUCAAAACCACCAGGAAAGCCACCAGUUACUUCAAAAAUAUCGGUAAAGCCAGCAGCUACUUCAAAAGCGCCAGGGAAAGCAGUGGCACCAGAAUCAUCAUCUUCUGAUUCUGAUAGUGAUUCCUCAGAGGAUGAACCAAAGAAGGCAACACAGAAGCCUGCUGUCAAGCCAGUUGCCACUGCAAAAGCACCGGCAAAGCCAACUGUUACUUCAAAAACUCCAGGUAAAGCAGCAGCAGCGUCAAGCUCAUCUGAUUCGGACAGUGAUUCUUCGGAAGAUGAACCAAAGAAGACCACACAGAAACCAGCUGCCAAGACAGCAGCUACUUCAAAAGCGCCAAUUAAAACACCUGGCGCUAUUAAAACUCCAGUAAAAACAGUAGCAGAAUCAUCUUCUGAUUCGGACAGUGAUUCUUCGGAAGAUGAACCAAAGAAGACCACGCAGAAACCAGCUGCCAAGACAGCAUCUACUUCAAAAACGCCAAUUAAAACACCUGGCGCUAUUAAAACUCCAGUAAAAACAGUAGCAGAAUCCUCUUCUGAUUCAGACAGUGAUUCUUCGGAAGAUGAACCAAAGAAGACCACACAGAAACCAGCUGCCAAGACAGCAUCUACUUCAAAAACGCCAAUUAAAACACCUGGCGCUAUUAAAACUCCAGUAAAAACAGUAGCAGAAUCCUCUUCUGAUUCGGACAGUGAUUCCUCAGAGGAUGAACCGAAGGAGACCACAUCAAAAGCAGUUGUCAAAACAGUGGCUACUGCAAAACCACCAGUAAAGGCAGCCGUUGCUUCUAAAACCCCAGUAAAAGCAGCCGCUGCUGACUCCUCUUCUGAUUCGGACAGUGAUUCAUCAGAUGAUGAGGUGAAAAUAGUCCCUCAGAAGUCCACUGCCAAAACAGCAGCCACUUUAAAAACACCGGGAAACGCACCUGUUGCUUCAAAGCCACCGGCAAAAUCCACAGCAGCAAAAUCUUCAUCCUCCGACUCGGACAGUGACUCCUCAGAAGAUGAGCCAAAGAAAGCUACUGGAAAGCCCACUGCCAAUGCUGCAGUUGCUUCAAAAACUCCAGUUAAAACUGCUGCUGCUACAAAAGCUCCGGCAAAAGCAACAGCAGGAGACUCCUCAUCUUCUGACUCAGACAGUGAUUCCUCUGAUGAUGAGCCGAAGAAAACCGCCCAGACGCCUUCUGCCAAAGCAACAACAGCUGCUUCAAAAACCCCAGUAAAGGCAGCGGAAAGUUCAUCUGACUCAGACAGUGAUUCCUCAGAUGAUGAGCCACAGAAAACCACUACAAAACCCACAGCCAAAACACCAGCUAUUUCAAAAACCCCAGGAAAAGCUGUAGUUGCUUCAAAAACCCCAGGAAAAGCUGCAGUUGCUUCAAAACCCCCAGGAAAAUCUGCAGUUGCUUCAAAACCCCCAGGAAAAUCUGCAGUUGCUUCAAAACCCCCAGGAAAAGCUGUAGUAGCUUCAAAAACCGCAAAAAAGACUGAAACUGAGUCAUCAUCUGACUCUGAUAGUGAUUCAUCAGAUGAUGAGGUGAAAACAGUCCCUCAGAAGUCCACUGCCAAAACAGCAGCCACUUUAAAAACCCCAAUUAAAACAGCAGUUGCUUCAAAGCCACCGGCAAAAUCCACAGCAGCAAAAUCUUCAUCCUCCGACUCGGACAGUGACUCCUCAGAAGAUGAGCCAAAGAAAGCUACUGGAAAGCCCACUGCCAAUGCUGCAGUUGCUUCAAAAACUCCAGUUAAAACUGCUGCUGCUACAAAAGCUCCAGCAAAAGCAACAACAGCAGGAGAUUCCUCAUCUUCUGACUCAGACAGUGAUUCCUCUGACGAUGAGCCGAAGAAAACCGCCCAGAUGCCUUCUGCCAAAGCAGCAGCAGCAACAGCUACUUCAAAGCCACCAGUAAAAGCAGCAGAAAACUCUUCAUCUUCUGACUCAGACAGUGACUCUUCAGAUGAGCCAAAGAAAACAGCAGUUACUUCAAAAUCUCCAGUUAAAGCAGCAGCCGCCACAAAAACACCCACAAAGCCAGCAGUUGCUUCAAAGACCCCCACAAAGCCAGCAGUUGCUUCAAAGACCCCAGGAAAAGCAGCAGCCUCAGACUCAUCUUCUGAUUCAGACAGUGAUUCCUCAGAAGAUGAACCAAAGAAAGCCACACAGAAACCUGCAGCCAAAACAACAGCAGUUGCAAAAUCGCCGGUAAAAGUUGCUUCGAAAAUUUCAGGAAAAGUUGCAGAAUCAUCUUCUGACUCAGACAGUGAUUCCUCAGAAGAUGAACCAAAGAAAACAACACAAAAACCUCCUGCUAAAGGUGGAGUUGCUUCGAAAUCCCCAGCUAAAACUGGUCCCUCUACAAAAGCCACGGCGGCUGAUUCCUCAUCUUCUGACUCAGACAGUGAUUCCUCAUCAGAAGACGAGCAAAAGAAAACUGCACAAAAGCCCAGUGCAAAAACAGUGCCCACUUCAAAAUCGCCUGUGAAAGCAGCAGUUGCUUCAAAAGUCCCAAAGGCUGCAGCUUCAUCAGACUCUUCGUCUUCUGACUCAGACAGUGAUUCUUCAGAGGAUAACAAACCCAAGAAAGCUCCAGUGUCCCAGACUGUCAAGCUUUCGCUAAAGAGUAAGCCCAUGGCUGCUAAGGCAGCAUCUUCUACAUCUCGUAGCCCUUCAUCUGAAGAUGAAGCUACCACAAAAGUAGGUGCUGUAAAAUCUCCCUUUACCUCUAAGUUGCCAGUUGCUUCAAAGUCCUCUCAGUCUCCAACUUCUAAAUCUGAAAAAAGCUGUUCAGACACAAAUUCUUACCAUAAAUCAGACAGUUCAGACAGUGAUUCUUCUUCGGUAGUUGAAAUAGUAACAAAAAAUGUUCCAAGCCAAAAUCCUCCUGUUAGUGCUAUUUCUUCUCACACCUCAGAAUCUCUUCAAAAUAAAAUAACAUCUAAACACAAAGGUUUGUCGAAUGAGCCAAGCAACUCAAAAUCAGUUUCUUCUGAAACAAAUUCCAGUUCUGGUGAGGAUGAUAAUGACAUUCCUAUAAGUCAAAAACACACUCCGGUGUCAGUGCUUAGAACUUUGACCAAUUCAGAAGAUAAAACGUUGGAACAAAAGAAAGAACUGAACAAAAGUAGUUUAGAAAAUACUAAUGAUAUAUCUAUCAAAACUCUAUUAUUUCAAUCCACUCCCAUAUCUAAGAAUGUCAAUGUGCAAGACAGCAGCUCAGACAGUAAUUCUAGUUCAGAGGAAGAUUCUAAAAAGUGUUCACUAAGUAAAAACAUACCCAGUCAGCUUAAGAAAGCUUCAGCGAUGCAAAAUGGUAAGAUUAGUUCUGGAAGUAGUAAUUCUCCUGAGAUAACAGUUAUUGAGGAUUCUCAAAUUGCAUUGGAGACAUCUGGGUUAGCAAGUAAGAAGGAUUCUUCUAGCAGUAGUGAUGAUUCUGAUUCUUCAUCGGACAACGAUCCCAUUCCGCCAUCUCAAACCCCAAAUGCCGUACUACAGCUGAGUAACGGCAUGUUGCAACCGAAUACUCCAUCAGUGACCCCUGUGUCUCAUAAAAAAACACCUGUUAACGGUAUGCAUAAAUCAACUCCUUUCCGGCGAGUGAUAUCUGAGAAUAUAGAAAUUGAUCCUAGACUUCGAGACAAUUCCUUUGAAGCAAAGAGAGGCGCCUCUGGAUCCUGGGGAGCGAAAGCCAAUGACAAGCUGAAAUUCACUCGUGGUAAAGGUUUCCGCCAACAAAAGACCAAGAACAAACGGGGUAGUUACAAAGGUGGCCAAAUUGACAUGACUGUCAAUUCUAUAAAAUUUGACUAAGAUAUAUUUAUCCAAAUUUCAUCUGAGGCUAUUUUCAACCAGACAGUUUCCUCCAUAAUCACCAAUGGUGGCUUAUUGUGAAUUUGUUCCAAAUCCAUAUCCCCCAGUAAUUCUUAGAUUAUCCUCAUUCCAUUGCUGUCACCACAACCAUCAUCACUUCCAUAAUAUUCCUGAACUUGCUUUUAUUUUUAAUAAACAAUCUCUUGGUAAUUAUUACUUU